GGGAAGGGCCGGGCCGCCGGGCGCCAUGAGCGGGGCUGGCCCCGCGUCCCCCAGCCGGAGCGGGUCGGCCCUACCGCCCGGCGAUAGGAAGCGGGAGGCGCUGGGCGCCGGCUCCCCGAUUCAGCCUAUCAUAAAGGAUGUUGGGGAAAUCUAUUCAAGACUACUGGAUCACAGACCAGUAAUUCAGGGAGAAAUACGUUACUUUGUUAAAGAAUUUGAAGAAAAACGUGGCCUCCGAGAACUACGAGUAAUUGAAAAUCUAAAGAACACAAUCUUUGAAACGAAUGAACACGUUCUUCCUAAGUGUGAGCAGGCAAUGCAUGACAGUUUGAAUGAAGCAUUCAAGAGAUUGCAAGCUGCCAACAAUAUGAUCCAUAGACUCCAAGAGAGGGAGCGUGAAGAGAGGAAGCUUCAGGCGGACAACCUGAUGGCUCGUGAAGAGAAGCGCAUUGCCCACUGGGAGGAAUUCAUGAAAGAACAGCAAAACAAACAAGCAGAGGUGGAUGAAGAGCACAGAAAAGCUAUGGAGCGCCUCAAAGAACAGUAUUCUGAGAUGGAGAAGGAACUGACCAAAUAUGUUUCUUUUUAAGACCUUUCUUUUUUAAUAAUGCUGGGUUUGUGCCAAUACUCAGUUGCUUCUGACUUAAAUUGAGAUUCUUUUGGAAAGCUGAAACAAGUAGGAAAAAAAGGAGAAUUUCCUCUACAGGUUUGGUAUGGGAAGAAAAGGUUGCAUACUUUCAACUUAAGUGCCUAUCUGUGCUUGUUUUCUUCAGGGCAGGUGGAAUGCCAGUUUCUUCAUUUUUUUGAAGGUGGAAGUGGAAAUUAUGUUGUGUGAUUACAUCAGCUCAGGGAGUUGCAGACUGGAUUUCUCUCCUAUCUGCAGAGAGUAUUGUCUCAUUUGGGAAAACAGAGACUAAUGUAACAUUUAACUGUCCCAGUGUGCAGCCACAGCCCUUUCCCAAAAAGUAGGUGUAAUAGGUUCCAGUCAUAGUUAGCUGAGAAUUCAAUGGGAAAACCAUAAAUCCCAUUCACAGAUUUCAGGAAAACCAACUUGUUUUAUGGAAUAUUUUACUUUGCAGCUUUAGCAAUGAAAGAUCUCAACAAAAUUUUAAAUGCAGUUGCAAUUCCAACUUUUGGGUUGUAUGUUCAGUGUUAUGAAGUAGAGUUGAUAUUUAAAUGGUUUUUGCUAACAUAAAAACAGAUAAGUGAGCUUGGGCAACAAUUUCUUUUCUCUCCCUGUAAAUGUCUCAAGCCUCUCCUUUUAAGCUUUACUGUUCUAAGCAAAGCCAAAACAAGCUGAAAAGUAAUCACGAGAAGCAUAUCAGUCUUUGUAUUAGCUUUGUAGCUAGUACAGUAUUUACCUUAAGUAUUUGACAUGCUGUUGGUUUACUUAGAAUAAGCUUGUCAGAACUUUGUAAAGCAAUUGAGGAAAGAUUUUUGUUUCUUUAUCAGCAUAACAAAUGAGCAGAUUAGUGGUAAAACACCUGUAGUACUGAUCUACUUUCUUACUGUUACUCUUACGGGGUAUGUGAAACUCCUGUAUCGCUUUAUUUAAAACUUGCAGUUAACAGCAGCGUAACUGAAGAAGUUAACUUAACCAGUUCAUUAACCAAGCAAAAUGAGACAUAGUACCUUAAUGAAAUAUGGUGCAAGCUAACUGUUAGUACAGGAAAUAUCUUUCCAUAAUUUAGUUGGUGUCCAAUAUAGAAUGGAAACAGGUAAAAAUAAACAGAAUUUACCCUUUACCUGUAUUUCAACAGUAAUAUGCCAACAAUGGUUGCUUGUGUAAGUUUAUGGCUUGGUGUCAAGGCUCCAUUCCUGGCAGCAUGUUGAUAGUGUGAUUAAAGUUAGUAGAGGAGAUGGAAUAAGUAUUUGAGAUUUCUUUCAAUAACACUGAAUUCCUGCCAAGCUGCUUUGCCCACUACUGUAGGCCCAACAGCUCCAUCAAUCAUCAUUGUGUAUCUGGACUGAAAAGAGGACUUGCCGACACUGGGGCAUGCUGGAAUGUUAAUUCUCUGUUGUGGAUGGAAAAAACGUAGAUGUCUCAAAAGUAUCCCACACAUGAAAAAUAGGAAAGCCUCUUUUAACAACCCCUGUUUGACUAGAAGGUGACCUCUCUAAUAUUUUUCAGCUUAUGUACCCAUGAUGAAUGUUGUAACUAAGCUCAGACUUUCAUUUAAAAAGAAAAAGUUAGUUCUUGCCUGUCUUUAGAAUUGGGUGUGGAAUAGUUUUGAUUGUUCUGAGCACAGCCUGAAAAUGGCUUCUCUUAGCAGAUUAUUUGAUGUAUAUAUGCUCAAAGCCCAAAUAUCUUUAUAACAAAAUGCAUUUAAAUGCAUACUGAAUUAAUUUUUAUUUUUGCACUGAUAAUUUUUAUUUAGAUAUCUAAUUAACUGUGCACUGGAGCUGUAGAUUUUAGUAUUUUGUCAAUUUGAGGGCCCUUAAGCAAUGAUACAAUUGUUGCAAGUUAGAUAUUCACUGGAAAAUAAAGUGGUAUUUCCAAAAUCUUC